AUGGGCAACUGGAUAACGUCGACGUUCCUCAGAUUCGACUCGUACCUCUUCGCCCGCAAACACGACCGCUUCAUUGACUUCAACAGAAGAGGUAGGUCACGAAAACUACAAACUUCAGAAACGGCGAGCGAGCGAGAGAAAAAAAGAGAGAGAGAGAGAGAAAGGAAGGCGAAUAGAAAAAACGAGAAAGAGAUUAAAGGUGAAUUGGUUUCAGAGCACCCCUCGAAUCCCUUGUAUUCCGUUCGAGCGGCCGCCGAAAUCGUGGCUCAACAGAGGAUGAAACCGGUAAGGAAUCCGCGUGUGACACGAACGUAUGUUGUGCCCUCCCGAAAUGUCAUCACAACACAGACUGACUCGACGGGUGGGGAGAGGCGGCGCCUCUGUCUCUGAUCGCGCCAAUCGUCGGUGGGCGCCGAUCGGAGAGACGCAGACGCUUCCCCCGCUUCUCUCGCUUCCCCACUCCUCUAUCAUUCACUAUUUACCUUCCACCCCCAUUCUCACUAGGUCCCAAUUUCUAAAAUAAUUACUAUACGUUAUGCCUUUCAAAAGGAAAUGCAAUCUGAAAAGAGUAAGUGUUUUCCUGAGCUUCAGUCUCUUAAAAAGUAAUGCGGAAGAGUGUGUCUGGGUCUAGAACUAAAGUGUACUCUCUCUCCUUUUUUCUCGUCAAGUGCGAGUGCGUCAUCUAUUGAUUCGAAGCAAAGUUUUCGGCUGUUGUUUCGAGAAAAAAUGACUGAUGAAAUUCGUUCAUCACACUAAUCAAAAAGAACGAAAUACUGCGGCGACGCACUUUUCUGAUCAGCCAGUCUCAACUGCCUGAAAACUUGGCAUUUUAGACAAAAACAAGAAAAUGAUGACAAAUUCUGCUGCCAGUCAUCGCAUAAUGCUUAUUUUUCAUCUGAAAAUCUAAAAAGCUGGUGGAAUUUCGAAUAACCCUUUGUGAAUAUAAAACCCGGAUCAUCCGGAACUGCUCUUCGGUUAGGGGUGCCCUUCUAAUUUAGUAUUUACGGUAGUCACUAUAUCAACGUCUACAAAUCCGUAAAAUUCUCAAAUCGAAACCUAACUACAAACCACAUAAAAUGGCCAUGUGUUCUUUGGAAUUCCCUCUCUCCGGAGACCGACUCGUCGAUCGGCGCCCGUGAUGACAAUUGCCUACAGUACUCGUCCGGCCGCUCGUCGUCCAGUGACUCCUCCCCUCCAGUAUCUUUCUAGCUAGCAUCCCCUCAUUGAGCAUUCACAAGUAAUCGAGAGAUCUACUUUGACGCAACUUCCGUCGUCUAUUACAUCACACCCGAGACUGAAACAUUUCCCGCUUUCUCUCUCUCUCUCUCUCUCUCCCUUCCGCGGGCGCUCGCAUCACAAACACUACACGAACACUGUCGAGAGGCUGGUUUCCCACCGGGCCAUAGAAAGCAUCAGAUGAUUCGUUUCGUUUGCGAAGACUGAAGAACUUUGCACCUUUUCCAGGAUCGCAAUGGCAGCGAUACGGACUUCUCGGACGAUGAUGACUGCCCUCCGAUGACCCGACAGGAGGAGCAGGAAAUGUACGAACGGGAGCAGCGGAUUGCAUUCAGUGGCCGCUGCAACAUCGGAGACCCAGAGGUGAGUACAGUCAUCACAAAUCACAACAAAUUCUGGCGAAUGUGCCUUUCGCGCGUAGUCUGUAGUCCGCUUCUCACGAUUCGAACGCGUGUAAAGCCCUUUGCCCUAGGCCGGCAAGGCCAUGAUGACAAACUGAACUGUGAACUUUGCUUUUUCGCUCUAAACCAAACAAUGGUCGAACUUAUUAGAGAACCCAAUAAAUGGGCGUUCCAGAGCUGCAAACAGCUGCGGACACAAAUCAUUUCUCGCUGUGGACCCGGACCUUCGACGUCGACGACGCAGUUCCUCUUGAACAGAGACAUCAAUCCGAUGCGGAGGAGCGGCGCGCCGCCAAUGAGCGAUAGAGAAAGAAGAGCUCUCACGAAUGUAUUCUUGCCGAAUCGGAGAAAACGAGUGGACAAGGUGCAGACGAAAACGUUUUGCGUUCAGUACAUCAACAACGGAAGGAAAAUCAUGGUUUCCAGUCAAGGUGGGCGGAGAGACUAGAGAAGGAAAUGUCUAUCUUGAAAAUUUCAGAUGAAAGAAUCCGUUUUUACGCGAAGAACACACCACAAGGGAAAUACUCGUCGAGAUACUUCCAAUGCAACGAACUGCAUGUGGAUUCUUGUAGUUGGUCAAUACUCGACACGGCGGUGAACCCGGAAGGAGACCUCAUCUGCUAUUCCACGUGGAGAGAUCAAAUAUAUCUGGGAAAGUAAGUUUUUACGUCUCAUUCGACAGUUUUCACAAUUUUAAAUGUUCAGACUCGAUCAACAUGAAUAUCAAAAUAUGACGUGGCAUCCAAUUGAUCUGGGAGAUCACGGACAAAAGUAAUCAGUUCAAGUUGCCAUGCUCCAAAUAAUCUGCUCUUUUUGCAGCCAAGUCGCCGUGUUCUGCGUCAGAUUCUCCAAUAAUAGCGAGCAGCUUGUCUGCGGAACUUCGGACUACAGCAUCCACGUGUUCGACGUUGAGCAACGUCGCAGAGUUCGAACGAUUGUGAACGCUCACGAGGACGACGUGAACUCUGUCUGCUUCGCGGAGCAAGGAUCCAACUUAAUUUACAGUGCAGGAGAUGACGGACUCGUCAAGGUGAGUGACCUGACUGUUUGAAAAAGAAGCAAAAAUGUCGGCUGUCAGGUCUGGGACAAGCGCGCGUGGUCGGACGGAGACGUCGAGCCGGUCGGAGUGUUUGCCGGUCAUCGCGACGGAGUCACGUUCGUGGAUUCGCGGCAAGACGAGAAAUAUCUGCUCAGCAACAGCAAGGAUCAGACCAUCAAAGUGUGGGAUCUGCGCAAGUUCUCGAAUAACGUCGGAGUGGUGAGUUUUGCGGGUGAAGUAGUCUUCGAUAGGCCAGAUCUGUUUGUAGGAAGCCACACGUUCGUGCGUUCAGAGCCAACGCUGGGACUACCGAUGGCAGCCUGCUCCGCCCGGUCUCUGCCAGCCAGUCAACGGAGACACUUCCGUCAUGACUUUGCGGGGACACUCUGUCCUUCACACGCUCGUCAGAGCGAAAUUCUCACCUGAAAGAACCGGUAGAAGAUAUAUUUAUACGGGAUGCGCACGAGGCGAAGUCGUCGGUAAGCUACCGUAACCCAUAUGUCCUGACCAUUCUUAAAUGUUUCAGUUUAUGACAUCCUGACCGGAAUGGUGAGCCGCAGACUGAAAGGUCACGUCGGAGUGGUCCGAGAGUGUGAUUGGCAUCCGGAAGAGAACGAGAUCGUCAGCAGCUCGGUGAGUAGUGAAACGGAAGCGGUCACAGAGAUCAGAGGCCAAUCCAGCUGUUUUGGUGUCUUAUUUGUCAUCAUUUCCGUCGCUAACGCCUCUCGUUUUCUCUUCCAUGAGAGACCUUAAAAGAGAUUGAACGACUGGUCUGAAAUUUGAAGAGCGCGCGGUCUCUCGUACCUUUUUGAAAAUGCCGCUGAACUUUGAAAGAGACCAAACAUCCGAAUCAUUGCAAACUCUAAGCAACCGCGCACUUUUGUUUGUUUUCACUACCGCGUUCUAAAAGUGCUGAAAUUGUGUAUGUUAUCCAACUAAAAUUUUCAGUGGGACGGAAUAACGAGUGUGUGGACGUGGGACGAAAGAUCGGAACACGUGACCGCUCCGUACGAACACCGCGGAGACUACGCGAAGCUCGGCGACGAAGAUUCGUGCGACGAGUUCUACGAGGAGAUCAAGAAGCCACCCCGUCGCCAACGGAAACACAUGAGUCGCGGCUCCGAACCGUCGACCAGCGCAGCAGCAAACUAA